CUGCCAUGCGUACCCCAAUCAUUACCACAUCUUCAUUACUUCCUCUACCUUCUCUCCCCAAAAAAUUGUGACCGUUCCCUUCCUCCUCCACCACCAUUCUCCUUCUUCAUGAUUUCCUUCCAUCUUUCAUUUCCUGAGAUGCUUUAGGGUUUUAACUUUUUUAGGGUCUAUACAAGUUUUUGUCAUUGUAUCUUCCUUCAGGCACUUGGUACUGCUACUACUGAUUUGAAAAAGGGGGAAAGAAAAAACCAUGCGGGAAAGAAAGGAAGAAGAUAUCCUCCUCAAACUAAGAUCAAUUUUCAUUAGCAGUUAGCAAGAAUACUACCUGUACAGUUGUACUCACUUUUUUCUUCCUCUGCGCCUGACUGUCUAUAUAUAUUAUAUACAUACAUAUACUUGAUCAAAAGCAUUUUCAUUGAUUAAUCAGUACAGUACGUACUACGCAGUAGUAGUAGUUUGUUUGUGGACAGUAGAAUGGGAUCCGUAUCAGCAUCAUCAAAGUCUUUGACAUUCAGGGUGACUAGACAAAAGCCUGAGCUGGUCCGUCCGGCGAAAUCCACUCCUCGGGAAUGCAAGCUCCUCUCCGACAUCGACGAUCAAGAGGCUCUUCGGAUUCAAAUCCCUUUCAUCCAAUUUUACCGUAACCGCGAUGAUCCUGGCAUUAAUGAGAGCAGGAGGAGAUCAGACCCCGUGAAGGUGAUCAGGGAGGCUAUUGCAAAGGCUCUGGUGUUCUACUACCCGUUGGCAGCGCGUCUCAGAGAAGGCCCUGGAAGAAAGCUGAUGGUUGAGUGCACGGGAGAGGGUGUUCUUUUCAUUGAAGCCGAUGCAGACGUGACGCUGGAGCAGUUUGGGGAUGCAAUUCAGCCUCCAUUCCCAUGCCUGGAGGAGCUCCUCUAUGACGUUCCUCACUCUGGAGGAAUCCUUCACUGUCCUAUAGUGCUUAUACAGGUAACUCGUUUAAGAUGCGGCGGUUUCAUCUUCGCACUACGCAUGAAUCACACCAUUGCUGAUGGUGUUGGAAUCGCUCAAUUCAUGAAUGCUGUGGGAGAAAUCGCACGGGGAGCGUCCGCCCCAUCUAUACAGCCAGUAUGGCAGAGGGAGCUCCUGUAUGCUAGAGACCCGCCAAGGGUGACGUGCAGCCACCACGAAUACGACGAGGUAGUCGUCGAUACCAAGGGAACCAUCGUUCCCCUGGACGACAUGGUCCAUCGCUCUUUCUUCUUUGGUCCGGCAGAGAUCUCAGCGCUGAGAAAAUCCAUCCCUCUUGACCUCAGUCACAGGUGUUCGACGUUUGAUAUUCUGACAGCCUUCCUUUGGCGCUGCCAAACCAUCGCCCUCCAAUACGAUCCCAACGAGGAAGUCCGCGUGAUCUGCAUUGUUAAUGCCCGCUUCAAGUUCAAUCCUCCCUUGCCCCAAGGAUACUACGGCAAUGCCAUAGCAUAUCCAACAGCGCUGACGACUGCCGGAGAGCUAUGUGAGAAGCCUGUGGGAUAUGCGGUGGAGUUGGUGACCAAGGCCAAAAGUGUUGUGACUGAAGAUUACAUGAAAUCUGUGGCUGAUUUAAUGGUUAUCAAAGGGAGGCCUCGUGUCACUCUGGUGAGGACUUAUCUUGCGUCGGAUGUUACCCGGGCUGGGUUCAAUGAGGUGGACUUUGGUUGGGGGAAGCCGGUGUAUGGGGGGCCGGCCCAAGGUACUGUGGCCUGCUUUCACAUACCCUUCAAGAACAAGAAGGGGGAGACAGGAAGAGUAGUUCCUAUUUUUCUACCAGGUCUUGCAAUGGACAGAUUUGUGAACGAGCUGGAAAACUUCUUUUUGAGCCACAAUGUGAGGCCCCAUUUCCGCCGUGCCACAUCGAGACUUUGAGGAAUGAAAUAAUCAGUUUCAAGGGUAAAUUACGUGUAAUGUGACCUCCUUGUAGUUUUAUCAACUAUUAUCACAUGAUCCCCUAAAGUUUUAAAAUAUCCACUUCACCCCUUUAUACUUUUAUGUAAAGUGAAGGCUUGUGGAAAAUAGCUAUGUAAUGUUAUUAGUUGAAAUAUCAAUAGCGUCGUUACUUAAAGCUAUUGAUUACUGCUGCUGCUGCUGCUGCCUAGUUUAAUGUAGUAUUAUAUAAAAUAAUUUUGCUUAUCUUCACUGCUUUGUGCAUACUUGCUCGUGCAUAAUUUGUGCUAAUAUUAUUGGUUUUGAUGAUACAAAUUUCCUGCGGCCUUUUUCUCACAGAAUUUGUAAAAGCCUCCAAUUUUUUCCAGUUCCAAGUAAACCAAAUGUAAAUUUUCUCCAUUUUUCUUUAUGAGCAUGCCAAUACAUUUUUUUUGAUGAUUGGUCCAUGGUUGUUUGUGAAGCAAUGCUAAACUUUUUGUCAUUUCUAUGGGGGUGAUACAUCUUCUUGCAAUGAUGAUUGCCGUCACUGAAACACACCAAGGAAAGCAAUUAAGGAACAAGAAAGAAUGGCAAUGGCUUCUGCCAACUCCGACAGGGGAGGAUAGCUUUUGUGGAAGUUGCAGAAAGCCACCAACAAAGCCACUAAGACCUCGAGCAAGAUCAAGGGAAGAGCCAUCUUUUAUUUUAGUACAUGAUAUAGGUUAUCUAUACCCUCGUGCAAAGCACGAGCAGUACUUCAGUUUGUAACAGAAAAUUCAACACAGUAUCAAGGAAAGAGCCAAUCUUUUAGUUCGUAUCAACACAUUCUGUCUCAGUGACAGAGAAGCAGAGGAAGUCCCAUUGAUACUGUUUGGAUGAUCAGCUCGCAGGAUUCACUCAUAUGCAUGAGAUAUAUUCAUGUCAGAUACUAACAAGAACAGAGCAGAGGAAGAUACGAAUAACAUAUAUGUUGUGUAUAA